GACUCCAUUGAGUCAAGCUUCUUAAGAGGUUUUGAUCUAAAAUAUGAAUAUGAUUGGAUGCGUCAUUCGUCCUAGAAUCCUGUAACAUUUUUCGACCCUAUUCCAAUUCAUACAAUUUCAUAACAUGAAAGAACCGCCACCAAAUUUAAAGGUUGGCCUUUUGUGCCUCAACGAUAGUGGUUCACCUUGCCACACCCACUGCCUCUCAUCUGACAUCAUCACCAAUUCAUCAUUUUCUAGAGGCGAGACUAUUAAACUGUAUAGCAACCAGCCAGUGUAAUACAUCAUAUAAUUUUCCUUGGAUACUGAAAAAUGUGGUGUUGAAUUAACAUCUUCAAGCAGCGCAAUAAUGACAACUAAGCCAACAUUAUUUGUGGCUCUUGGUAAAACAUAUUCGGACUUUGAAUAUAUCCUGGGAGAAUACCGCUGGACCUCGAAAACUAUCAAGCCCUGCCAUAUGUUCCGUUAUAAAUUAUAGAACUCAAAUUAUGCAGCACGCACAGUUUUUGAGUCAAAGAUUUUUAGAGACUCUUCAAAUUUCUACGAAAUAUUGAACAAUCCAUCUACUCUAACCCCUACCACUAACUUAUAGACGAUCAAUUAUCUACAGCUAUGAAGUCAGGAACAUUACGUUUAAGCCACUGAACUUUAGUUUUUGUCUUGUAUGCUGGAGCAAAUCCUUGCUAGUAGAUUCAUAUCCUUCUCUCCAUCUAAGAGAGUAUUGCUUAACUACUUUACCACGCCCUCUAAAACAUCCUCCUUGUACACUUUUACCCCUGUCUUAAUCCCUUCACAGCUAGAUGGGAACCGCGUUGAACCCUGGCUAUAACAUUUGUUGGGCCUUUGGGGUUUUUGUGUCGAUUUCUUGGUUUCGUUUACUAAAGGUUUAUCCAACAGUGGAAAUGUUUUCACCUGUAGGAAAACUGAUUGCAGUCAAAAACGCUCAUUUGUCGGAACAAGCGAUAUCGGGCCAAUAUAGCACUUAGCUUUCAUGCAAACUGAUCAAUCAGAAUCCAAACAGAGAUCUUUCUAUUCUUUGGUCAACAAAUAUUUAAUAUUACCGUUACUUUCUGGGGCAUAAAGUGGAGACGUAAUUCUGAUAAUAUUAUCAAAAACGACUACCUUAUCUCUUUGGGUAAUUAAAAGGCGAAUAAUGUCCGGUCUGUCUAGACCCUUGUCAGUUAAUGUUAGAAAAGAGAAUGAAUUUACUGAACCUAAAGGUCUGAAGCCGUUAGAAUAAGUAUGCCCAUGCGGGGUUCACUCGAAUAGUCGAAGGUGUCAAUAUAACGGCAAAAAUUAAAGCAUUUGUGAUUAUCAAAUAAAUAAACUAAUGCAAAUAGUAAAAAAAGUGUGUUAUAACUUUGGCAAAUAUUGAUAAAUAAAAAAAGGUGCACUAACUGAACCCCCGCAAAGCAAACGAUGGCAAUUAUAGCCAAUCUAUACUCAACUGAAGUGAUCGAGUCGAGCACUCAUUCGCUCAUUAAUUAGCACUCACGCUCAAUCUAUAAGAAAUGAGAAGUAUUUCCUUUAAUGAAAGGGCCCUGUUAUCACUGCCCUUUUACCGCUGAAUUUCGAGUGUGAAUUUGCUCGUCUAUAAAAGCGCAACAUUUCACUAAGCAAAUUUUAAUUUAGUGAAUGCACAGAACAUUGUGGUUUGGGUGAUAUAUUUAGAGUUAAAAGCUGUUACAAAUAAGAAGAAUUACAAAAAGUUUAUUUUCGAUAAACAAAAGAAACUAUAAAAAUGAUUAUCAAAAACCCGAACAAUAUAGUUGUGCCCGAUUAUUUGAACGAGAACUUCUUCGUGGCCGCGCUCGAGGAAGGUUUGCGUGCAAUCCAGGUGACAGUUAGUGAAAUAACUUUCGAAUGGGCCACAGACCCCGGUGAUAAUUACUGCUCACGCAUCUAUCGUGUCGUGGUCGCCUAUGGGCGUCUAGUUGAAGCUGAUGAGCCGCCAGUACAAGAACAACGGUCGUUAAUUGUCAAAUCUAUACCGGUUUCGAAAGACACCCGUUUCCUUGAAGAUAUAGGUGUUUUUCUUAAGGAAAAAAUGACCUAUUUGGAUUUAUUGCCACGGCUGCAAGUACUUGUGCCGUGUCCGAAAUUCGGUGCCACCUGCUAUUAUGCAACCAAAUCACCCAUUAACACCCUUGUUUUUACUGACUUGAAAAAUGAAGGUUUUAGGGUUGCGCCACGACAGGACCAACUCGAUUGGGCACAUUGCGAACUGAUCUUGCAACAAACGGCACGGCUGCAUGCCACUUCAAUGAUUUUAGCCCAGCGUGAUCCCGACACCACCAAGCGCUUAGUUGAUGGUAUGCUGUGCGAGAAAUCUGUAAUGAAGUCUGAUUGUUUUAAACAUGUUUUCGGCAUUAUAUUGAAGCACCUAGCCAACAAUGCAGCCAAGUGGCCCGGUUUUGAAAAGAUCGCACAAAAAUUGCACCAUUUCCAUGAUAAUUUCAAUAUCAUAUGCGCACGCUUAGCAGAUCAUCGUGAAGGCGAUCGUUUCGUUGUGAUGAAUCAUGGUGAUCUCACGGUAUCAAAUAUCAUGUACGCCUAUGAUGAUCCCAAGCAACCCAAGAAACCAACGCGCGCUAUUUUUGUGGAUUUCCAAGUUAGUUUCUGUGGCAGCCCUGGCUGCGAUCUAAACUUCUUUCUCAACACCAGUGUUCAACUGGAUUUGCUGAAGGAACGACGCGAAGAUCUCAUAAAUGUGUAUUAUAGAACAUUCAAGGAGACAUUGGAAUACCUGCAUUACGAAAAUAUACCCACUUUAGAUGAUCUAAAGUACGAAUUGCGUGCUCGUGAAUUGUAUGGUCUUUUCGCUUUGUUCGGUUUUCUGCCCUUAAUUACUAUGCCGAAUGAGCUAUCCGGAGAUAACAGUAUUGAAACUAUGAUAAAUGGGGAGAACGUCCGCCUAAAGUACCAAAAACUAUUUGCACAAGAUAAUGUACAAGCCCUGCUAAAGUAUGGACUCAAGCGCUUAGAGAGUAUGGGUGUGUUGGACGAGUUUUAGUUACCUUUGAUAUUGGGUACAACUACUUUAUGGGUGUUGGGUACAUGUAAAUAUAUAGUAUAUUUAUAUUAAUAUAGGUUAUAUGAAAUUGUAGUGAAAAAAUGUUAUGUUAUGGCUAAAAUAAUACACUUCUCGUGUGCUUAUUUCCUUAAA